UCUCCGCUGAAAAGAGCACAAUUCGGCAUAGACAGUAGUCAAGGAAUUACUUCUCAUCUGGAAACCAAGAGCAGAGCUUGGAGGGAUGUACUGUGCAAAACUCAAGACACAGGUACUAAUUUCUAUUUGACUGAAAUGGACUCAAAACAAAACAUCUCAUCUGAAGAUGUCUCUCUUCCUCCCUACGAGCAACAUGGAGACCCCUUUGAAUCAAAACUCUCAAAAGAAGCUGACAUAGUUGCUGGAUUUUAUUUAUUAGUAAUUGGGAUUAUGUCCACUUUAGGCAAUGGAUAUGUCCUUUAUAUGUCUACACAACGGAAAAAGAAGCUGAGGCCUGCGGAAAUAAUGACUGUCAAUCUAGCAGUGUGCGACCUGGGUAUUUCAGUGCUGGGAAAGCCUUUCAGCAUCAUCGCCUUUUUCUCCCAUCGAUGGAUUUUUGGUUGGAGUGCCUGCCGCUGGUAUGGAUGGGCAGGUUUCUUUUUUGGCAUCGGAAGUCUUAUUACCAUGACAGCAGUCAGCCUGGAUAGAUAUUUCAAAAUCUGCUACUUAUCGUAUGGUACUUGGCUAAAGAGAUGCCACGCCUUUAUCUGCUUGGGAAUAAUCUGGUCCUAUGCUACGUUUUGGGCAACAAUACCAUUUGCUGGCUUGGGAAAUUAUGCUCCAGAACCAUUUGGGACCUCGUGCACCCUGGACUGGUGGCUAGCUCAAGGUUCUGUGGCUGGACAGGCUUUUAUUAUGAAUAUCCUUUUCUUCUGUCUCUUAUUCCCAACUGCAGUGAUCAUGUUUUCCUAUAUUAAAAUAAUAGCAAAGGUCAAGUCAUCCACAAAAGAAGUAGCUCAUUAUGACACCAGGAUUCAAAAAACCCAUGUGCUGGAAAUGAAGUUAACUAAGGUGGCGAUGUUGAUCUGUGCAGGAUUCCUAAUUGCUUGGAUACCCUAUGCGGUUGUCUCCGUGUGGUCAGCGUUUGGAAGGCCAAAUUCAGUUCCCAUCAAAGUUUCUGUGAUCCCAACCUUACUUGCAAAGUCUGCCGCUAUGUACAACCCUGUCAUUUACCAAGUCAUUGACUGCAAAUCUGCCUGUUGCCGGCCAUGUCCUCUCAAGCCACUGCAGAAGAAAACCUCCUUAAAGAGAUCCCAGCCAUAUACAAUAUCUGCAGAUAACAAUUCUGAAGUAAUUAAUGAAACUCAACUGGACAGCGAAGAAACUCUGUAAACAGUAAUUUUAACCUACCAAGCAACUCUUUUCUUAAUUGCUUCCUUUACAACGUUUAACAUUAAUUUAGCUCUAUUUUGCUGUGUUUUUGUUUGCAUGCAUUUUUCCAUGCCAAGUGAAAGACCCCCCCCCAAAAAAAAGAAUCAGUUUGUUUGUGUAUGUUAUAAGAAUGUAAACACAAGCUUCAUUCUUGCAAAG